AUGACAUAUGGCAAAUACAGCGACGACCCCAUCGAGCCUGAAACCCCACCUAGGCAACGUCUGGCCGACGUCUCAGCAUCAGCACCACGUAUCCUGUGUCUCAACUCGAGCCCUGUCAUCGACUCGCCAGCCAAGGUCGCGUCCACCUCCACCAUGCCCGACCACAGCUUUCGCUCAGCCAUGAAUUCGGGCUCCGGCUCGUCCAUGAGCCGUACUACCUUCACAUCGCCUGUCAAGCAGAGCAGCAACGGCCUUGCAAGCUCGAGCAAGGGCCAAUCCUUCCGCUCCAGUCUCGAGCAGUUCAGAUAUGGCAACGGCAACGGCGCUUCCAAACAUCACGCAGCCGCAUCGGACAAGAGCUCCGACCUCAGCGAGGCCGAGUCGUCCGAUCAGGACCAGCGCAAGCCAAAAAAGCGACGCCUGGUCAGAGGCGGUGACACCCGGUCCCAAUCUCGCGAUCUGUCCGAGGAAAGGACCAAGCCUACCAGGCCGAGCCAGGACAAGAAGCCGUCGAACGGCCGCCCCGCCAAGAACGAGGACAGCGAUGACGAUGUGCGGGAAGUCUCCCCUCCCCCACCACGAUCGUCCGCCACGCCUGCGUUCCCGGUCAAGCCCACUCCAUCAGCACCAACAACCAACACCACCAUCCCUGCCGCACUCACUGAGGCCGAGCUCAAGGAAAAGGCGCGCUUCAUUAUCCAGUCCAAUCCGGUGCUCGAGCCUAAACGUGUCCUCAACGCGCUCCGACAGACCCGUGGCGACGUCGCCCGCGCUACGCAGAUCCUCACCUCCCGACCCAGCGUCGUGCCUACCAAGACGUUCACCCUCAAGCCUGCCAGCAAUGGUAUCCAUAAACCUGCCCACGCCGCGCUUCCCCGUCCCAACGGCGCCUCUCAAACCUCCAAGCCGCCCACCAGCACCGCCAGCUCGCGCGCCUCUACACCCGCCACCAUGUCGCGCAACCCCUCGCAGACCUCGUCCCGCCCACGCCACGAGGCGGUCGAGAUCAGCUCGGACGACAACUCAUCUGACGGCAAUCGCGAGGAGAAGGAGGAGCGUGCAGCCGUCAAAUGGUUCAACACGGCCGACGCGAGCGCGCUCAUGGACACCACCAACUGCAACGCCGCGCAGGCCGAGACGAUCCUCGCACUGCGCCCAUUCAGGCACGCCGGUGACAUCGAGACCAAGCUCGGCGCCAAGUCGGCCAAAGGUGUGACGCCACGGCUCUUCCACGCAUGCAAAGAUCUGAUGGCGGGCUACUACGAGGUGGACUCGGUGCUGGCAAAGUGUGAGAAAAUUGGACGCGAGCUGAGCGAAGCCAUGUCCGCCUGGCUCCCAGAUGCCAGUGGGUCUCGACUGGCCUCCCCCGCUUCUAGCUCGGUCGCCGGCUCGCGCGAAGGCACCCCCGCCUCAACCCUCAACCUUUCCUCCAUCAAACGCAACACGGCGGACAAGUUCUACCUCGAAUCCCAACCGCGUCUCCUCUCGUCCAAGGUCACCCUCAAGGACUACCAACUGGUCGGCGUCAAUUGGCUCUACCUUCUGUAUCGGAAGCGCACGAGUUGCAUCCUCGCCGACGAGAUGGGGCUCGGCAAGACCGCGCAGGUCAUAGCGUUCUUCGCGCACCUCAAAGACCUCGGUAUUCGCGGACCUCAUCUUGUGGUCGCCCCAAGCUCGGUGUUGGAGAACUGGGAUCGCGAAUUUCGCUUCUUCUGCCCCUCGCUCAACGUGCGCAAGUACUACGGCAGUCUCAAAGACCGUGCUGAGCUGCGCGAGGAACUCUCGUCAGACCCUGCCUUGGAAGUCAUCCUGACCACCUACGACAUGGCAGCCGGCGGUCCAGCGGACCACAACUUCCUGCGCAAGUUCGGACGUCGUGGCUGUGGUCGAUCCGAAUGCAAACCCGGCUGUUCGGAACCCGACUGUCGCGCCGGUGGCUUCGAAGUGUGUGUCUUCGACGAAGGCCACAUGCUCAAAAACCGCAAAUCCCAGAAGUACGAAAAGCUUCUUCGCCUCAAAACGCACCACCGUCUGCUGCUCACCGGUACACCCUUGCAGAACAACCUCCAGGAACUCGUGAGCCUGCUCAACUUUAUCAUGCCCGAGUACUUUGCCGAUGCCGAAGAAGCCUUGGCGGCGAUCUUCAAGGUGAAAGCGGGAGGACAGCAGAACGAGCUUUCCAAGCAAAGGGUGGAUCGGGCCAAGAAGAUGAUGCAUCCGUUUGUGCUGCGACGCUUGAAGGACAAGGUGUUGACGGAUUUGACGACCAAGACGAUUCGCGUCGAGUAUUGCGAUAUGACGGUGGUGCAGCGGAAGAUUUAUUCGGCGGCGGUGGCGCGUACUCGGCGUGUUGCAGCCGAAGCCGAGGCUGCGCCUACCACCCGCAAGACAGCGGCAGCAAGCACGAGCCGUGAGAGCGGCAACGUGCUGAUGGAGCUUCGCAAGGCGGCCAACCACCCGCUCCUCUCGCGUCGCCUCUUCGACGAAGCCAAAAUCGACGCGAUGGCCCGGGACCUGCUCAAAGAACCCGACUACGCAGAUUCGAUCUUCGACCACGUCAAAGAGGAUCUACGCAUCAACACGGAUGCGCAACUCUCCUUUUCCGCCCAAACCUACCCUUCCACGCGCAAGCACGUCCUGCCACCCGCGGAAUGGAUGAAGUCGGGCAAAGUGCAAGCCCUCCAACGGCUCAUCCCGGAGAUUCAAGCCAAGGGCGAUCGAAUCCUCAUCUUCAGCCAGUUCACCAUGGUGCUCGACAUCCUGUGCGUCUGUUUGGACCACAUGAAGGUCAAAUACGUCGGAUUCACCGGUUCGACCCAGGUGGAAGACCGACAGGUUCUCGUGGACGAAUUCACCAACGAUCCGUCGAUCACCGUUUUCCUGCUCUCCACCAAAGCCGGUGGAUUGGGCAUCAACCUGAUUGCGGCCAACUGGGUGAUCCUGUUCGACCAGGACUUCAAUCCGCACAAUGACAAGCAGGCGGCCGAUCGAUCGUAUCGCAUGGGUCAGACGAAACCGGUCACCGUCAUCAAGCUGUUGAGCCGCGGCACGAUCGAUGAAGAUAUCCAUGCGCUGGGUGAACGGAAGUUGGAGUUGGCCGAUCGGGUUUCGGGUGAGGACGAUACAGAGUCCGACGAGGCCGAGCAGAAGAAGGUCGCGCAGACGCUGCUCGCCAGGCUGAGGGACGCGGCUACGCCCGAGAUCCAGGAGAUCAGUGACGAUGAUGAAUAG